UCAGACCACACAGCGGCCUGCACCUGUGAGCCCCCACAGGCCCGCGGGAAGGCAGGGCUUUCUGAACGCGGCGGCCGCACAACGGGGCCUGAGGCGGGGCGGGGCCGGCGAGCGCGAGGCCCCGAGGCGGAGGUGCGGGGCUGUCCGAGGUGUGCCGGACGCCGAGCUCAAAGUAUGCCACCAGCUCCUUUAGUCCUCAGGCCCAAGCCGUCGCUUUCCCGGAGCCGGCACCGUCGCGACCUUCUUUUCUAUCUCCCUGUCACUUUGGUUGUUUGAUGGAAGAGAAAAAUGGAAGUCAGGCAUCUCUGAGGCACCAGCCAAUGAAAUAGGCAGAGGAGGUGGGGUCCUUUGCUCGCGCCUAAAUUCAAAGGCAUAAAUAGUUCCUCUCCGCUGCUGAGCGCGGGCUGAGUGUUGUAGCAGCUAUGGUGGAGUUCGCUUCUUAGCGCCCGAAGCCGGGCAAGGCUGGCCCACUCUCCGUCCUAGUGACUAGGAAGAGCUUUGGUGGCGCCGCAAGCCCAGGCGGCCUGACGCAGCGGUGAGGCAGAACUGCUUUGUGGCUUGCUUGAUUUCUAGCAGAGGUUUGCCUGUCGGAGUCAGUAGUGAAAAUGCACAUUAAGUCAAUCAUUCUUGAGGGAUUCAAGUCCUAUGCUCAGAGGACUGAAGUCAAUGGUUUUGACCCCCUCUUCAAUGCUAUCACUGGUUUAAAUGGUAGUGGGAAAUCCAACAUAUUGGACUCCAUCUGCUUUUUGCUGGGCAUCUCCAACCUGUCUCAGGUUCGGGCUUCUAAUUUACAAGAUUUAGUUUACAAAAAUGGGCAGGCUGGUAUUACCAAAGCCUCCGUGUCAAUCACCUUUGAUAAUUCUGACAAAAAGCAGAGUCCUUUAGGAUUUGAGGUUCAUGAUGAAAUUACAGUAACAAGGCAGGUGGUUAUUGGUGGCAGAAAUAAAUAUUUAAUCAAUGGAGUAAAUGCAAACAAUACCAGAGUACAGGAUCUCUUUUGUUCUGUUGGCCUUAAUGUUAACAACCCUCACUUUCUCAUCAUGCAGGGCCGAAUUACAAAAGUGUUGAAUAUGAAACCUCCAGAGAUUUUGUCCAUGAUAGAAGAAGCAGCUGGAACCAGGAUGUAUGAAUACAAAAAGAUAGCUGCCCAGAAGACUAUAGAAAAAAAGGAGGCUAAGCUGAAAGAAAUUAAGACGAUACUUGAAGAAGAAAUUACUCCAACCAUUCAGAAAUUAAAAGAGGAAAGAUCUUCCUACUUGGAGUACCAAAAGCUUAUGAGAGAAAUAGAACAUUUGAGUCGUUUAUAUAUUGCUUAUCAGUUUUUGCUGGCUGAAGAUACCAAAGAACGCUCCGCUGAGGAGUUAAAAGAAAUGCAGGAUAAAAUUGUGAAGCUUCAAGAAGAAUUGUCUGAAAAUGAUAAAAAAAUAAAAGCACUUAGUCAUGAAAUAGAAGAGUUGGAAAAAAGAAAAGAUAAGGAAAUUGGAGGUAUACUCCGAUCUUUAGAAGAUGCUCUUGCAGAAGCUCAGCGAGUUAAUACCAAAUCUCAAAGUGCCUUUGAUUUCAAGAAGAAAAAUCUGGCAAGUGAAGAGAACAAACGCAAAGAGCUGGAAAAAAAUAUGGUAGAGGAUUCUAAAACUUUAGCAGCAAAGGAAAAAGAGGUUAAAAAGAUGACAGAUGGGCUGAGUGCCCUUCAAGAAACAAGUAAUAAAGAUGCUGAAGCUUUGGCUGCUGCACAGCAGCACUUCAAUGCUGUUUCCGCUGGCCUGUCCAGUAAUGAAGAUGGAGCAGAAGCAACUCUUGCUGGUCAAAUGAUGGCCUGUAAAAAUGACAUAAGUAAAGUUCAGACAGAAGCCAAACAGGCUCAGAUGAAGUUGAAACAUGCCCAGCAAGAAUUAAAGACUAAACAAACAGAAAUUAAGAAGAUGGAUGGGGGCUAUAGGAAGGAUCAAGAAGCUUUAGAAGCUGUGAAGAAACUUAGAGAAAAACUUGAAGCCGAAAUGAAAAAGCUAAAUUAUGAAGAAAACAAGGAGGAAUGCCUUCUGGAAAGGCACAGGCAGCUAUCUCGUGAUAUCAGUAGAUUGAAAGAAACAUAUGAAGCUCUCUUGGCCAGGUUUCCCAAUCUUCGAUUUGCCUACAGGGAUCCAGAGAAGAACUGGAACAGAAAUUGUGUGAAAGGACUUGUAGCUUCACUGAUUAGUGUGAAAGAUACAUCUGCAACCACAGCUUUAGAAUUGGUGGCCGGGGACCGACUCUACAACGUUGUAGUAGACACAGAGGUUACUGGAAAAAAGCUACUAGAAAAGGGGGAAUUGAAGCGUAGAUACACUAUAAUUCCACUCAAUAAAAUUUCAGCCAGAUGUAUUGCUCCAGAAACUCUGAGGAUUGCUCAGAAUCUUGUUGGCCCUAAUAAUGUUCGUGUGGCUCUUUCCCUGGUUGAAUACAAACCAGAACUUCAGAAAGCAAUGGAAUUUGUCUUUGGAACAACAUUUGUUUGUGACAAUAUGGAUAAUGCAAAAAAGGUAGCUUUCGAUAAAAGGAUAAUGACUAGAACCGUGACUCUAGGAGGUGAUGUAUUUGAUCCUCACGGGACGUUGAGUGGAGGUGCCCGAUCCCAGGCAGCUUCUAUUUUAACCAAGUUUCAAGAACUCAAAGAUGUUCAAGAUGAGCUGAGAAUCAAGGAGAAUGAGCUACAGGCUCUAGAAAAGGAAUUAGCAGGUCUUAAAAACACUGCUGAAAAGUAUCGCCAACUAAAACAGCAGUGGGAGAUGAAAACUGAGGAGGCAGAUUUAUUACAAACCAAGCUUCAGCAAAGCUCAUAUCACAAGCAACAAGAAGAAUUAGAUGCUCUUAAAAAAAUCAUUGAGGAAAGUGAGGAGACCUUAAAAAACACCAAAGAAAUUCAAAAAAAAGCAGAAGAAAAAUAUGAAGUAUUGGAGAAUAAAAUGAAAAACGCAGAAGCUGAAAGAGAGAGAGAACUGAAGGAUGCACAGAAAAAACUAGAUUGUGCCAAAACUAAGGCAGAUGCUUCUACCAAGAAAAUGAAAGAAAAACAACAGGAAGUUGAAGCUAUCACCCUGGAGCUAGAAGAGCUCAAGAGAGAGCAUGCAUCCAAUGAACAACAGCUUGAAGCUGUAAAUGAAGCUAUCAAAUCCUAUGAAGGUCAGAUUACAGUAAUGGCAGCUGAAGUGGCUAAAAAUAAGGAGUUAGUAAAUAAAGCUCAAGAAGAGGUGACCAAGCAAAAAGAAGUGAUAACAGCCCAAGACAGCAUAGUUAAAGCUAAAUAUGCAGAAGUAGCAAAACAUAAGGAGCAAAACAAUGAAUUUCAGCUUAAAAUCAAGGAACUGGACCACAACAUCAGCAAACAUAAACGGGAAGCUGAAGAUGCUGCUGCAAAGGUGUCCAAAAUGUUGAAAGAUUAUGACUGGAUUAAUGCAGAGAAACACCUCUUUGGGCAACCCAAUAGCACCUAUGAUUUCAAAACUAACAACCCAAAAGAAGCUGGUCAGAGACUUCAUAAGUUGCAAGAAAUGAAGGAGAAACUAGGAAGAAAUGUCAAUAUGAGAGCUAUGAAUGUACUGACAGAAGCUGAAGAGCGGUAUAAUGACUUGAUGAAAAAGAAGAGAAUUGUAGAAAAUGACAAAUCCAAAAUCCUUGCAACUAUAGAAGACCUUGACCAGAAGAAAAACCAAGCCCUAAAUAUUGCUUGGCAAAAGGUGAACAAGGACUUUGGAUCUAUUUUUUCCACUCUUUUGCCCGGUGCUAAUGCUAUGCUUGCACCACCAGAAGGGCAAAAUGUAUUGGAUGGUCUGGAGUUUAAGGUUGCUUUAGGAAAUACUUGGAAAGAAAACCUAACUGAACUUAGUGGUGGUCAGAGGUCUUUAGUGGCUUUGUCAUUAAUACUGUCCAUGCUGCUGUUCAAACCUGCCCCAAUUUACAUCCUGGAUGAGGUAGAUGCAGCCUUGGAUCUUUCUCAUACUCAGAAUAUUGGACAGAUGCUACGUACUCAUUUCACACAUUCUCAGUUCAUUGUGGUGUCCCUAAAGGAAGGUAUGUUCAACAAUGCAAACGUCCUUUUCAAAACCAAGUUUGUGGAUGGUGUUUCUACAGUAGCCAGAUUUACUCAGUGUCAAAAUGGAAAAGUUCCGAAGGAAACCAAAUCCAAGGCAAAAGGACCCAAAUGAUCACAUAUGGAAGUUAAAAGUACAAAUUUAUUCUUUCACCUUGACUUAUUUUUUAAACAUAAACUUUUUAAGAACUUGGGAUUCAUGUAAUUUGUUCAUAUAAAAAAUUUAAUCAUUUUGUUACCUAACCCAUUUUCUCUUCCUUUAUAUAAUCACUUAUAAAUGAGCAUAAAUUCCUCUGUUCUGAAUUAGUGUUAACUAUGGUCCAGUUACUGGGAUUGUGAUUUUAUGUAUGUCAUCAAAUGUUUUUUCUUACACAAGUCUUUUAUAUAUUAGGGAGCCAGAGAUACAUAUUUGGUGGUAAAUUUUGUAUGUAAAAGCAAAAUUACAAAGAAACAGAUGAAAUUAAAUUAUAGUAUAAAUAUAGCUGAUAAUCAGCUUUUAAUAAUUAGCUAAUUCCUACGGUAAUAAUUGUGUGUUUUCUAUUGCUAAUAAUGUCAUUCAGGUAAGGAAGAAUUAUAAAGCAAGUAGCUGGACCAACAAAAGGAACACAAAGAAAGCUAUUAGGCAUGGACUGAGUUAUUUGUGGUUAGUUCCUUGAGGACAAUGCCAAAUCCUUGAUUUAGACUCAGAUGGGAAGCAGAUCUUAAAAGACUUCUGUCAUUUUAAUGAUGUUUGAAUAUCAUGUUUCUGUAUGCUUAGUAAUUGGUCUGUGCAGUCUUGUCUUUUUAAAAAUAUGAGUAUUUUAAUAAAAUCUUGGGAGAAAGGUAUGUUGCAUGCUGCUCUCUGUUGCAAGUUUAUCUGAAGUCUCCUAAUUUCAAAGAUUUUUGUCAGCCUUUUCAUAAUCCAAUCAAUAACAAUCUAUUGGUGAGUGAGAAUAUAGGAGCUAAUAUAUAUAAAUAAAUAGAUCCAUCUGUUCUACCAAAAGGACUCAAAAUUUGAUGAUUAUUAUAUUUCUUAGUGUCCUCUGCUUUCCAGCUUAAAACCAUGAAUUUCCUUUAAGAUUUCAAAAGAUGGCACUAAUAAACACUGUAAGAAUACUAUAUAUGGUUCUUAGUAUCUCUUAGUAUGUCCCUAGAACCAUGUGUUCCAAACUCCAAAUCUUGAAAGUUCUGACAUGAUCUAAUCUGACCUUGGGUAUGUUAUUUUGGCCCCACAUUUCUUAAUACUUGAGUCUCAGUUCUUUGUGGUAUUCUUUUCCUAAUGUAUGCUCAUACUUCCUGGCCUGGGUUUAAUACUUCUCAUCCUUCAUCCUCAUAUCAUAUCUGAGCAUGUCAGAUAACACCCAGGUAACCAAUACUGUGGGGCACAUUGGAAAGACAAUAUGGAAUUAGUUCUGUCCACUGUGGGAGGAGAAGGAGACAAAGCUGAAAAUGCUGAGUUACAGGAAGUCCAGUAUCACAUGCAAUAGACGUAAGUAUAAUUCUUUUCAAAUGUUUUGCAAAUCAUUUGCCAAAAAGAAUUACAUCAGUUCACACUGUCACCAAUAUAGUAUGCCUGUUGACUAAAACCUAGUCAGACCUGGCUGUUAAUUUUAAUAUUUCUAAUUUACUAGUUAUACAAUGGUAUUUAAUUGCUAUUUGAAUUAUAAGUAACUUACGGGAUUGAAUAUUUUGCAUAUGUACUAAUUUUGUUUCCUCUGCUAACAAGUUUUCUAUUUGUUUGCUUUGUAUUGGAAAUCCCCAAACAUUAAAUUUUUGUGAGUAAUGUCAUUAUUCUUUGAUUAGAGGGAACACAUUAAGGGGAAUGGGAACAUUUGUUUCAAACAUCUGCAAUAAUAUGAGUAACUAAUAUUUAUUGAGCUUUUUCUAUACAUCAGACACUAUUUUCAUUUGCACACUUUCACACUUAAUCCUAGUAAUCCUAGUAAUAAUCCAGUGAGGUAAGUAACUGUUGUCAUCAGCACUAUAUAACUGACGAAAUUGAAUUGAGCAGAGAAGUUAAGAAACUUGCCCACAGUGUUCAUACAGUUAGUGAAUAGCAGAGCCAAGAUACAAAUCUUAGUAGUUGGUCUCUAGAACCUAUUAUACACUACCUCUCUGACAGCUCAAACAUCUGCAUUAAUUGUACAUAGUAAAUUUAAAAGAGGUCUGGAUGACUAGUAUGCACAACAUGUGAAAAUUAUCUUUAGGAAGAACCGCCAACAUUUGAAGAAAGGAUUCCUUGUAUUUUUGUUUUGGUAUUUCAUGUAUGCUAACAGCAAAUGCAAAAGCAAAGACUUGAGAAUCCCUCUUCCAUGUGGUGGAGUAAUCUAACAGGCCAGUACUCCCACAGUCAUGUCAUUUGCAAAUAAGAGUGAUGAGAGCUGGCAUAUUUGCCUUUUCCCCAAAAUUAGGAGCAUUCAAUCUAUCACCACUGAAUAUAAUGUUAUCUCUAGGCCUUUGGUAGAUACUCUUUAUCAAGUUAAAGAAGUUCCCUUCUAUUCCAAGUUUGAUCAUAAUUUUGUCAUGGAUGGGUGUUGAAUUUUCUCAAAUGCUUUUUCUGCAUUGAUAUGACCAGAUGACUUUUUCUUUACACCUGUUAAUGUUAUAAAUUUACAUUGCUUAAUUUUUGAACAUUAAACAAGCCUUGUAUCCUUGGAAUAAACCCCACUAGGUCAUGAUGUAUAUUUCUUUUUAGCUGUUGCUGGAUCCUGUUUGCUAAUAGUUUGAUCAUGAUUUCUGUGAAUAUUCAUGAGGGGCAUUGUUCUGUA